AUGGCGAAAGACCGGGACGAUCCCGCAGUUGAAGAUCCCGAAUUCGCAUUUCUAGAUGACAGCACAAAAUCUUCUACCAACACCGCCCAUACCGAGGAACCAAUCUCAGUCGCCGACACUGAAUUAAAUACAUCAGUCGCUGAAGCUUCUGUCGAGACGUCUUCAGCUGCAGCGCCCAAAUCUUCCGCCGUCGACACAUCCAUACCCUGGUACCUCAGACAAAACCCAGCUGCCCGCGACGCUCAGAAGCCCAUCGAGAUCCCCGACCUCCCGCCCAACCCACCGCCCCUCCUCAAAACCAUACUCGAAUACAUAUCCAUAACUGCUGGUCUUGACGAUUUGGAAUUGCUGGAUCUGAGGCAUCUUGACCCUCCACCUGCGCUAGGCCCGAAGCUCAUCAUGAUCAUUGCCACGGCACGAUCUGAGAAGCAUCUUCACGUGGCGGCAGAUGGUUUCGCUCGAUUCCUGCGAAGAGAGCAUGGGCUGAAGGCGAACGCGGCAGGCUUACUAGGUCGCAACGAGCUGAAGAUUAAGUUACGGCGCAAGGCCAAGCGCAUGAGGAUGUUAGCCAACGUCGGCGGCGCUGUGCCGGAAGGCAACCUCGAUGACGGUAUCCGCACCGGCUGGAUAUGCUGUACUCUCAGCAAGAUCGAAGCGCAUCCUGACGACAUGCACUUGCCUGGUGAUAACGUCGAUGAGUUUGUAGGCUUCAGGAGUGUGAAUCCCGGCGUCAACGUCGUGGUACAAAUGUUCACGGAAGAGAAGCGUGUAGAAACCGAUCUUGAGACGCUCUGGGGAGGCGUGUUGAAGACACAACGAAGGGAAGGCACAGUUGCGGAAGAGAAGUUGAAAGAGCUUGAUGAAGAUGUCGAAGCACAGGAGAGUGCAGAGGUUCCUCUUAUAUCGCGUCAAGAAGAAGAAACAGAGACGCCUGCCUCCCCGCAUGCCUCGGUCAUCUGGAACCGUGUAGCAAUCACUUUUUUGUAUAAUGACACUGACACCCAACAUUCUUCCCGCACCAACAAAGCACUCGUCACACUGCUCGCCGAUUUCAUCAUGUCCAAAUCUGCUGAUGACUACCAUAAAGACUUCAUCGAACUCUCCCUGAAGAAGGUCUUGAUGAACCAGCGCGGACAUACGAUCCGCCGAAAGAAAGACAGCGAAGAGGCGAUUCGCAAAGCCGAUCUCGUCGAGCUUGCUAUGGCAUGA